AUGCAGCCAGCUAAGCUUGUUAUAACAAGUAAGUGACGACGAGUCUAUUAGAGCGUGUUGCCUAUUAUUCUAUUUCGUGUUCAGGACUGUAGUAGGUAGCCUAGAUGAUCGUUAUAUAACAUUAAUUCACCUGUAUCUAGCUUGUUGCCGACCAGAUCAUGAAUCUAGCCAAUGUUGUCUAGAUUAGAAUAUGUUUAGUUUAGGGUUAUGCCAAUACAUGUCAACAAUCAUCACACAGACAGACAGUGGAUGUCAGCAGUUGUUCAGCCUCAUAGGGUGAGAACCUGGCCCUGCAUGGACCCUACAAAGGGUUUCAGCAAUAACUCAAGAUCUAGAACAGUAUUUUUUCAGUAACGUUAUUUAUUCAUAUAUACAGACUUAAACUAAAUACCUACUUUGUAUGAUGAGCUCAAAUAAUGUUACCAUAAUAUAGAAUUACCCACCCUGUAUCAUGUAAAAUAGAUCAACAGUUGUUGGGCAGAUUAAAUUAUAUGCGCCUCUACUGUCUGUCUGUCUGUCUGUAUCAGGUAUAUGUAUUUGUAGUAAUUUCUCACACUCUCCCUGCCUGCAGCUCAUGGCCUGGGGUUCUGGACAGACCGUUCAGCGGUACACGAGGCAGCUGCCCAGGGCAAGGCCCUCCAGCUGCAGCAACUGAUCCAGGGAGGAGCAGCGGUCAACAUUGUGGCUGUGGACUCCAUCACCCCCCUCCACGAGGCCUGCAUACAGGGGCAGACACAGUGUGUCCGCCUGCUGCUGGAUGCUGGGGCACAGGUGAGUCGGAGAACUAUAGGGAAGCUAGAACUCUGUGUCGAGCUGAAAUUGGUUCUGUAGUUCUGUCCAGCUAUGCACCAGCUUCUGAGAUGUAUGUUUUCAUUGUACACUGAGCAAAAAUAUAAAUGCAACAUGCAACAAUUUCAAAGAUUUUACUGAGAUACAGUUCAUAUAAGGAAAUCAGUCAAUUGAAAUAAAUGUAUUAGGCUCUAAUCUAUGGAUUUCACAUGACUGGGAACACAGAAAUGAAUACCUUAAAAAAAGGUAUGGGCGUGGAUCAGAAAUCCAGUCAGUAUCUGGUGUGAUCACCAUUUGCCUCAUGCAGCGCGACACAUCACCUUCACAUAGAGUUGAUCAGGCAGUUGAUUGUGGCCUGUGGAAUGUUGUUCCACUCCACUUCAAUGGCUGUGCGAAGUUGCUGGAUAUUGGCGGGAACUGGAACACGCUGUCAUACACAUCGAUCCAGAGCAUCCCAAACAUGCUCAAUGGGUGACAUGUCUGGUGAGUAUGCAGGCCAUGGAAGAACUGGGACAUUUUCAGCUUCCAGGAAUUGUGUACAGAUCCUUGCGACAUUGGGCCAUGCAUUAUCAUGCUGAAACGUGAGGUGAUGGUGGCAGAUUAAUGGAAUGACAAUGGGCAUCAGGAUCUUGUCACGGUAUGUCUGUGCAUUCAAAUAGUCAUCGAUAAAAUGCAAUUGUUUUCAUUGUCCAUAGCUUAUGCCUGCCCAUACCAUAACCCCACCGCCACCAUGGGGCACUCUGUUCACAACGUUGACAUCAGCAAACCUCUCGCCCACACAACGCAAUACAUGCUGUCUGCCAACUGACCGGUACAGUUGAAACCGGGAUUCAUUCAUGAAGAGCACACUUUUCCAGUGUGCCAGUAGCCAUCGAAGGUGAGCAUUUUCCCACUGAAGUUGGUUACGACGCCGAACUGCAGUCAGGCUGGCGUGGUUACACGUGGUCUGCGGUUGUGAGGCAGGUUGGACAUACUGCCAAAUUCUCUACAUUUUACAUUUUUGUCAUUUAGCAGACGCUCUUAUCCAGAGCGACUUACAGUUAGUGAGUGCAUAUAUUUUUUCAUACUGGCCCCCCGUGGGAAUCCAACCCUCAACCCUGGCGUUGCAAGCGCCAUGCUCUACCAACUGAGCUACACGUUGGAGGCGGCUGAUGGAAGAGAAAUUAACAUUCAAUUCUCUGGCAACAGCUCUAGUGGACAUUCCUGCAGUCAGCAUGCCAAUUGCACAAUCCCUCAACUUGAGACAUCUGUGGCAUUGUGUUGUGUGACAAAACUGCACAUUUUAGAGUGGCCUUUUAUUGUCUCCAGCACAAGGUGCACCUGUGUAAUGAUCAUGCUGUUUAAUAAUCUUCUUGAUAUGCCACACCUGCAGGGUUGGGUAUGUUACUUUCUAAAUGUAAUCUGUUACAGUUACUAGUUACCUGUCCAAAAUUGGAAUUUGUAACGUAACUUUUGGAUUACCCAAACUCAGUAACGUAAUCGGAUUACUUUCACUUACAUUUAGAUUACUUUCCCUUUAAGAGGCAUUAAAAGAAGACAAACAUUUAUGUUACCAAUUGAACAACAUCUAUUGCUGGAUAUAUCAAUGUUAAAGUUUACAUAGCUGGCCAUAUAUGGAUGUACAAUUUUACUUUAUGUGUUGGUUAUGUAGGCUUCUUCUAACCCAUUGCUUUCUACUACAGAUAAUAAUAUGAUUAAAUUAUAUCUUUACAUUAAAAACCAAAGUCUAUCAGAAUUCCAUUCAUUCCAAUAAAUGUUAUACCCCUUGAUCUUCAAGAAUAGGUCUUGAAAUAUGGAAGUAUAGAUUAGCCAAAUUGUUUUACCUGAGCAUAACCCCAAAACUAAGGACUUAUUAGCCAGCCCUACUCUGUUGUUUAUGAUUUUGUUGUCAUGGAGAACUGAUUGGGCUCAUCGAUUCGAGUUGAAAAAUAAAUGCUGCGCUCAUGGAAUGGCACGCUUUGAGCACUACUGAAAAGUGCUAUUUACAUGUGAAAAAUGAAUGCCAUAUGCUGCAUUUUCUAAAGGCCUAUUGUUUACUUUUUUGUUGGUGACACUUUGAUAUCUUGAUAAUAUGCAGCUGUUUAAAGGGCAAAUCCACAGAUGAAACAUUAACAAAACAGUCGCCCAGCGUUUGUUUUGGUAAAAAGCUGAGUGAUGGGCCUGGAGAAAUGUUACCACUCUCAGAUGAAUAGACAGAGCUAUGGAUGCAAGGAUUGACCAUCCAUGUGAUCAAAAUUAUAGUUUUAACCAUGGUAUGAGGCUAUACAGUGUUUGUUUACAUUUACAAUGUUUACAAACAUUGGAGAAAAACAAGCUUAUAUUUUGGGUUCUCGUGGAGUGUGACAGUUGAACUAAGCUCAUGAGGCACUUAUAAGCUAUAUUCUUCAAGAAUCAAUGGAUAUACAGUAUAUACAGUGGGGAGAACAAGUAUUUGAUACACUGCCGAUUUUGCAGGUUUUCCUACUUACAAAGAAUGUAGAGGUCUGUAAUUUUUAUCAUAGGUACACUUCAACUGUGAGAGACGGAAUCACAUUGUAUGAUUUUUAAGUAAUUAAUUUGCAUUUUAUUGCAUGACAUAAGUAUUUGAUACAUCAGAAAAGCAGAACUUAAAAUUUGGUACAGAAACCUUUGUUUGCAAUUACAGAGAUCAUACGUUUCCUGUAGGUCUUGACCUGGUUUGCACACACUGCAGCAGGGAUUUUGGCCCACUCCUCCAUACAGACCUUCUCCAGAUCCUUCAGGUUUCGGGGCUGUCGCUGGGCAAUACGGACUUUCAGCUCCCUCCAAAGAUUUUCUAUUGGGUUCAGGUCUGGAGACUGCCUAGGCCACUCCAGGACCUUGAGAUGCUUCUUACGGAGCCACUCCUUAGUUGCCCUGGCUGUGUGUUUUGGGUCGUUGUCAUGCUGGAAGACCCAGCCACGACCCAUCUUCAAUGCUCUUACGGAGGGAAGGAGGUUGUUGGCCAAGAUCUCGUGAUACAUGGCCCCAUCCAUCCUCCCCUCAAUACGGUGCAGUCGUCCUGUCCCCUUUGCAGAAAAGCAUCCCCAAAGAAUGAUGUUUCCACCUCCAUGCUUCAUAGUUGGGAUGGUGUUUUGGGGGUUGUACUCAUCCUUCUUCUUCCUCCAAACACGGCGAGUGGAGUUUAGACCAAAAAGCUCUAUUUUUGUAUCAUCAGACCACAUGACCUUCUCCCAUUCCUCCUCUGGAUCAUCCAGAUGGUAAUUGGCAAACUUCAGACGGGACAUGCGCUGGCUUGAGCAGGGGGACCUUGCGUGCGCUGCAGGAUUUUAAUCCAUGACGGCGUAGUGUGUUACUAAUGGUUUUCUUUGAGACUGUGGUCCCAGCUCUCUUCAGGUCAUUGACCAGGUCCUGCCGUGUAGUUCUGGGCUGAUCCCUCACCUUCCUCAUGAUCAUUGAUGCCCCACGAGGUGAGAUCUUGCAUGGAGCCCCAGACCAAGGGUGUUUGACCGUCAUCUUGAACUGCUUCCAUUUUCUAAUAAUUGCGCCAACAGUUGUUGCCUUCUUACCAAGCUGCUUGCCUAUUCCAGCCUUGUGCAGGUCUACAAUUGUAUCCCUGAUGUCCUUACACAGCUCUCUGGUCUUGGCCAUUGUGGAGAUGUUGGAGUCUGUUUGAUUGAGUGUGUGGACAGGUGUCUUUUAUACAGGUAACGAGUUCAAACAGGUGCAGUUAAUACAGGUAAUGAGUGGAGAACAGGAGGGCUUCUUAAAGAAAAACUAACAGGUCUGUGAGAGCCGGAAUUCUUACUGGUUGGUAGGUGAUCAAAUACUUAUGUCAUGCAAUAAAAUGCAAAUUAAUUACUUAAAAAUCAUACUGUGAUUGUGAUUUUCUGGAUUUUUGUUUUAGAUUCCGUCUCUCACAGUUGAAGUGUACCUAUGAUGAAAAUUACAGACCUCUACAUGCUUUGUAAGUAGGAAAACCUGCAAAAUCGGCAGUGUAUCAAAUACUUGUUCUCCCCACUGUAUAUAAAUCCAAAAAUGGAUGUAGUAACUACAGAUUGCCCCUUUAAGUCUAUCUAAAUUGUGCGAGUUUGAGCAUGUAUCCAUUAGGCCUAUGGAUUGUAUUUUUUUAUCAGCGUGAAUUAGAUUGAACAAUAAAAGCCCCACUUUUAUUCCACAGGCUGGGAUCCGCACUAUGCAGCUGUUGCAGAAGCGCAUUUUUCACUGGCUGUCCACUGGUUUCAAAAACAAUGAUUUAUAGGCAGCUUAUACUUAUUGAAUUCAACCAUUAUUGGGUUCAAAUACACAUUUAGAUUUGUGAACAGCCAUCCACAACAACCACAAUCCCUAAGGCGCAAAUAGCUAAAUGAGAGAGCAGCAGUGUGAUUCACAUCAAUGCGCUAUGUAGAUAUCAAUAAUAAGUGAUAUCCGUAUCGCCGUAGACUACACCACUGCUGUCAUCCUUACCUCCAAGCGUUUAUUCAAGCUGGAUAAUCUUUGGAUGCCGACUGCAGUCGCACCAUUGGAAGACACAGCUUGGACUGUAGCCUACAAAAGCCUGUUCCUGCUCUUUUCCUGCGAUCCAUCAAAAGCAUUUGGUGUGACGACAUAGGGGUCUCUGACUUGUGGUCAGACUCGCUCAGGUGGAACAAACUUACAUUUUCAAUGCUGAUUUGAAUGUCAUUUAGGAAACAAAGAAGUGUCAAAGAUUUGUUUUCUGCAAACAUCUCUUCUGAAUUUAAAAGUAAUCCUCGAAGUAAUCAUCUAGUUUUUCAAAAGUAUCUGUAAUCUGAUUACAAUAUUUUCGCUGGUAACGGAUUACAGUUACCGUUUUUUGUAAUCCCUUACAUGUAAUGGAUUACAUGUAAUCCAUUACUCCCCAACCCUGCACAACUGUCAGGUGGAUGGAUUAUCUUGUCUAAGGAGAAAUGCUCACUACAGGGAUGUAAACAAAUUGGUGCUCAAAAUUUGAGAGAAAUAAGCUUUUUCUGCAUAUGGAACAUUUCGGGAAUCAUUUGUUUCAGCUCAUGAAACAUGGGACCAACAGUUUACAAGUUCCGUUUAUAUUUUUGUUCAGUAUACAUGGUCCCUGACAAAAAUGAACAAUGAAAGAAUGUACGUUUUAAAAUUAAUAAAUCAUUUGAAUGCACAGAACCUGACUAGCCUUCAGACCUGUCAAUCGCCUCUCUCAAUUCCAAACAAUUAGGGUGCUUGGACACACUCCAGGGCUCCGCCCCACACACCUCAAGUCAGAGCAUGUUCACCUGCCACCUCGAGAAGAUCCAAGUUGUGUAGUGACGGACUCUCACAUGCUGUUUUUCUAUCUUGAAGUGUUGUGCGUCCAUCGAACAUGUAAGUGUUGUAAAAUGUGUAUAUUCGUGUGUGCAAUAUCUGACUCUCGCAGGAUUAGGCCGAGUUGUUAGGUUUGAGAGUUUGGUUUAUCAUGGUUCACUUGUAACUAAUGCUAGCACUAUUGUUUGUACAUGCAUGAUUUUUUUUAUUGCCAUAUUAUCAUUAGCCUAUUGCCUUGCCACCUGUAUAUUAAGUGUUGCCAUUUCAAGUGUCUAUAUCCCAUUCUACUGCAGUGAUUUAUGUAGUGUUACAUGCUACUGUUAUAAGCAGGCUGCCAUUGUAUAGUUUCUGGAACUUUCCAGCCCUAUCCACCUCGUUUCAUGCUCUAGCACAUACGCAAUAGCCAUGCUUUCAGAUAACAUCUAGCCCUAGCCAGGCCAGAGAGGGGGCCAUAAUAAAAUAAAGCCUUUCUAAAUCCACAGACCCCUGCAAUAGUAGCCUCCUAAGUUUGCUGCUCUGGCAGGCCUUAGGUAUCCUACCCAGCUAGGCCCCACGCUUGCUUUGCCGGCAGGUCUGCAGUCUCCUGCCCUGCUCGGGUCGCGGCCCCCUGGUUUAUCGGGUAUGCAGCCCCCUGCCUUAGUUGGUAGGCAGUUGCCUAGCCCGCCAGGUUCAGAGCCUCCUGCCCUGUUAGGCCCAAAGUUUGCUGCACUAGGCUCGCUGUCUCCAGACCAAGUCAGCCUGCAGCCCCCUAGCCCGCCAGACUUGGAGCCCCCUGCAAUGCUAGACCCUAAGUUAGCUGCUCCGUUUGCAGGCCUGCAGUCUCCUGCCCUCAGAUCACAGCCCCCAGCUUUAGUUAGUAGGUAGCUCCCUAGCCCACCAGGUUUAGAGCCUCCUGUAUGCUAUGUUCUCAGUCCUCAGCCCUCUUCGGACCUCAGUUCCUAGCACUAGGUCCUCAGUCUCCAGUUGUACUAGGUCUGCUGUCUCCAGCACUAGUCGGCCCUCAACCCCAUAGGCCAGGUGGGUCAUCAGGCUCCUGCCCCGCUAGGCUCAGAGUCACCAGUCUCUUCAGUAGGCCCAGAGCUUCCCUGUCAGGUCCAGAGUCAGUUUCCCUGUCAGGUCCAGAGUCAGUUUCCCUGUCAGGCCCAAAGUUAUCAGCACUAGGCUCCCAGCCCUCAGUCGAUCUAGUUUCGCUGUCACCGGCUCUAAUCGGCCCUCUGUCCACUGCUUCGCCAGGCUAUAGGUUCUCUGCCACACUAGGUCUGCAGCCUCUGCCCUCAGUUGGUUGGCAAGCAGUCAUCUCCCUUGGUGCUACACACCAAACCUCCUGCCCUAGUUCUAGGCCCUGGGUCUCCCUUCCCGCUAGGCUCUGAAUUAUCCGCUCCUCUAGGUGUGCAGUCCCUGCCCCUAGCCAGUUCGCAGCCCCCAGCCUCAGCCGGCGCCCAGUCGCCUAUACUAGUGCUAGGCUUCAAGUACCCUGCUCAGCUAGGGUCGCAGCCUCCCGCCAUACCUGGCUUGCAGUCCUCAGUCUUAGUAGUAGGUUCCAAGUCCCCUGCUCUGUCAGCCCCUGAGUUUCCUGCCCUGUUAGGCCCUCAGCCCCCUGACCUGGGGGACUCACCAUUCCCUGACCCAGGGGGCCUGCUGUCUCCAGUUCUGGGGGGCCCGCCCGCCUCUCUACCCCUCGCACCUUUGGAACCACCUGACCUCGUUUCUGGGGGCCAGCCGGCCCCUUUCUACAGAUCCCUGAUGAGCCUCGCCCAGGGGUCCCCACCUGCUCCACCAUGGGAGCCACCAACCUCAGCCUCUGAGCUGCUAAUUACAGUUGUGGCCGGCAUACCACAAUCCACCGCCUCCAGCUGUGGCCAGCCUCUGACUCUUUUUGCAGAGGGAUCCGUGGAAUAAGUUUUUAAUGUUUGUAAUACAAUGUAAUAUUAUUAAUCUACAAUGUAUGUUCUUAACCCUGGGCAACAUGGGCCUGGGAGGCUUACAGGGAUAUUGGUAUCCACAAUGAUCUAUUGCAGGCUGCCAUUGUAAAAGUUUCUGGAACUUUCCAGCCCUUUCCAGCUUGUUUCAUGCUUUAGGAAUGUAAUGCGAUUGCAUUCAUUAGCAUGUUUAUUCCAUAUGUUUACACAUCUCUUUACCUUUGCCUUUGCAGACUAUGUAGUCUCCUCCUUCUGAUUAUCAUGGUGUAUAUCAGGGAUCAUCAACUAGAUUCAGCCGCGGGCCGAUUUUCUUGAGCGGCUGGUCGGGGAGCCAGAACAUAAUUACAAAUCAUUUGUAGACUGCAAUUUGACUGCAAGAAUCCCAAACAGAUAUAAUAUUUGACUAAAACAUGAUCAUUUCAAACCUUGCUUACAUUUGUAUAUGGUCACGUGUCUCUAUUAUGCGUGGGAAUACUUGGGAACAGAUUUCCAAAAUUAAUAUCAAUUGGAGCUGAUUUCCUGGAGUUUAGUCUUUUAUGUCCAACAAUGAAAAUUCAAAAAAACAAAAUAAUAAUUUGCUCAGAACACUUGGGGGGGCCAAAUAAAACCACCCGCGGGCCGACCGCCAGUUGGGGAAGCCUGGUGUAUAUUAUUGUGUAUCUCUGCAUGGAUCCUAAUGAUUGUUUGCUCUGCCUUUUUUAGAACCACACACGUAUUCAAAACAUCCUCAACUAUACAGUGUAUAUUACUGGGCCUCACAUCACGUUCUGACAGGACAACACUAUAGUGGACCGAUCUAAGUAAAUCAGCACAUAAGGACAUAGCGGGUGAGGGCUCAGAAGCCAACGGCUCAGACGAGUUCCAGCUAGACGUUUUUUCAGUUGAACAUUUCUAAAUGUGGUUGUAGUACAAUAAUGAUGAUUGUGGGUGUAUGUGUGUCUGUCUCCACAAAGGUGGAUGCACGGAACAUUGACGGCAGUACCCCUCUAUGUGAUGCCUGUGCGGCGGGGAGCCUGGAGUGUGUGAAACUACUCAUACAGCAUGGGGCUACGGUCAACCCUCCACUGUUUACCUUCUCACCCCUCCACGAGGCCUGCAUGGGAGGUACAUUUUGUUUUUGAUUACUACAAUGUUCAUGUUGUUGGAGAGGGGGCCAGCAGUCUUGGGCACCACACACAGUAUAAAGACACACUCACACACUGGGAUAAUGUGGAGUUUCCUCUCCCUUAAUAACCAAGUGUCUUAAACUAUGACUGACGUGUGUGUUACAGGUAACUCCGAUUGCGUUCAGCUCAUGACAGACGUAGGAGCUCUGCUGGAGGCCCAUGACUGCCACUUUGGGACGCCGCUACAUGUAGCGUGUGCCAGACAACACUUUGACUGUGCCAAGGUGCUCCUCAAUGCAGGUGGGUGGACCCCAUUGUCGUAACAUUAUUUCAACACUUUGUUUUGCUCCUGAUAUUUUAAACGCCAUUAAUGGGACUGUGCUCUCUCAAGUAAAUAAAUACCUAACCAUAAAAAUUAGGAGAAACUUGAGACUUCCAUUUGAAAGCAUUACACAAAUGCAAACCACAACCUGACCCUUUGAAACAAUGUUCAGUACUUUUUGAUGCACGUUUGUAAUUCUAAGAAUGUAAGUCUCAACCACUUCCCUUUAAAACCAAACCUUUGCAUCUUCUCCAAGGGGCGAAUGUAAAUGCUGCCAAGCUCCAUGAGACGGCACUCCAUCAUGCAGCCAAAGUAAAGAACGUGGAUCUGAUCGAGCUGCUGAUUGAGUUCGGAGGAAACAUAUAUGCCAGGGACCACCUGGGCAAAAAGCCCAUCAACUACACUAGUCAAGGGUCUCCAACCAAUAUCUGCCUAGAGUUCUAUGAAAGUAAGUAUUUUAUUCAUACAACGUAGGUAGAACAUUUUGAAACGUUUAGAGUAGAUGCGAUUAGCCCAUGUUUGAAAAUAUGACCUUCAAAGAGUCGUAUACACACCCUUUUCACAGUACUGAGCAGAGCUGGGCUGCAUUACACUAGCCUUCCCACUGGGCACACGCUGGUUGAAUCGACGUCGUUUACAUGUCAUUUCAAUCAAUCAAUCAAAUGUAUUUAUAAAACCCUUUUUACAUCAGAUCAAUCAAAUGUAUUUAUAAAGCCCUUUUUACAUCAGCAGAUGUCACAAAGUGCUAAUUACUUUGAACCAACAUGGAGUAGAUGUUGAAUUGACCCAGUGUGUUGUUAUGCAUUCACCAUAGUUGCUUGAACCGUGCUGAAGAGGACAAUGAGAAUAGAAAAUAUUCUAGCCUCAAAGUUACAGUUCAGUUUGGAACAAUAAUGUGAAAAGGUUAAUGUAGUAUUUUCGGGUGUUUUAAGCCAAUUAUCUCAACUGACAGGUUUUUGCUCUUCCCCAGAUAGUCCCCUCAGUCUACAACAGAUCAGCAGGGUAGCUCUGAGAACAGCACUGGGCAGAAGAGCCCUGGACGACGUAUCUAAACUGGGCUUGCCCAAUCGCAUCAUCUGUUACCUCUUAUACCAGCCACCACCAGAUUUGGACUUGGACUUUGAUUACUUCUAACAAGCCCCAUCCUUUUUAAGAGUCUAUUUUGUCUUAUGUCGAACGAUUCCACCGCAUAGGAAUUAGCCUGGUGCCAGGUCUGUUUGUACUCUUGUCAAUGCCAACACAUUGUAAUGCUGACAUUUUUCAAGCCAAUUGGCAUAACAAUGGCUGUUGACAAGGAGUUGGCAUAAUAGCACAAACAGACUGGCACU